UGAUACCCUGCUUCUCCUCUUAUUUACUGUGACGCAUCUCGCAUCCCAUCUAUACUCUAGACCAACAACACCACUGCUCGAUAUCUUCUUUGUUGGUUCCGGCGCAAGACUUGCUGUCUCUUCCUCCCUCUCCCCUCCUCCUCUUCUCUAUCAAUACCAUAUACCCUUUACAUCGUGCGUCAUGGCGUCCAAGGUAAAACAAGACGGCAAGGCGCCGACCUCGGCGGCCGUGAACCUCAUGGCCGGAGGUGGUGCAGGUAUGAUGGAGGCAUUGGCAUGUCAUCCCCUCGACACGAUCAAGGUCCGAAUGCAGCUGUCGCGACGCGCGAGGCAGCCCGGCGCACCCAAGCGCGGCUUCGUCAAGACUGGUGUUGAGAUUGUCAAAAAGGAGACGCCGUUGGGUCUGUACAAGGGUCUCGGUGCCGUCUUGACGGGUAUCGUGCCCAAGAUGGCCAUCCGCUUUACGAGUUUCGAGGGGUACAAGAAUGCUUUGGCGGAUAAGAACACGGGGAUCGUCAGUGGACAGGCAACAUUCAUGGCCGGUCUCGCUGCGGGUGUCACGGAAGCCGUCGCCGUCGUAACGCCAAUGGAGGUCAUCAAGAUCCGUCUCCAGGCGCAACACCACAGCAUGGCCGAUCCCCUCGACAUCCCAAAGUACCGCAACGCCGCGCACGCGCUCUACACGGUCGUCAAAGAGGAGGGCUUCAGCGCGCUGUACCGCGGCGUGUCGCUGACGGCUCUGCGACAGGGCAGCAACCAGGCCGUCAACUUCACAGCCUACUCGUACUUCAAGGAGGCCCUCAAGAAGUACCAGCCCGAGUUUGAGAAGACGACGCUGCCGGGCUACCAGACGACGCUGAUUGGACUCGUCAGUGGCGCCAUGGGCCCGUUGAGUAAUGCGCCGAUUGAUACCAUCAAGACGAGGUUGCAAAAGACGCCGGCCGAGUACGGGGUCAGCGCGUGGAGUCGUAUCACCAAGAUCUCGGCCGACAUGUUCAAGCAAGAAGGAUUCCACGCCUUCUACAAGGGCAUCACGCCGCGUAUCAUGCGAGUUGCGCCCGGCCAGGCUGUGACCUUCACCGUCUACGAAUUCCUCAAGGAGAAGCUGGAGAAGGGCAACAUUGCCUUCUCUGGGGCCGGCUACGAGGAGUAAAUCGUACGGUCGUCACGGUCGUGAUACAUUCUAGUUCAUGAAGAAGUCGGAGGAGGAGGGUUGUCUGUCGAUUGCAAGAUACCAGCGUCUUAUCUGCGUGCUGUCAAGGGGUGGUGGCUCUGUGAUUCUGAAAAGACAAGGAUGCGCAACGUAGUAGACUGGAAAACGUG